UCUAUGCCUCACUUUGUUUUUGUAGCUGUUAAGUUGUGCACUGUUUUUUUAUAUUUUUUAUUUUUUAUUUUUACGUUAAAAUGGAUAUAAGGAUAUUUGCUUUGGGAUUUUUUUUCUGUGUUUUGUUGGUUCAAGUGUCUGGAGAGGAUGGAAGAACCUGUUAUAAUUGCGGAUAUAUACAAAGAAAUGGUGGCGCUCCAGAACCACUUCCAGAUCAUGAAAUAGAGUACUGUCCUGAUUUAACCAACGGCCAGAGUCCAAUAAAGAAGUGUGCUGACCCUAACGACUGCUGUAUUGUUAGGAGAGAAUUCAAAAAUGUAAGUAACUCUGAGACUGGUAAAUACCAGACAGAUCUUGUUGUUGUACAUGGAUGUCAGGAGUCUACAACUGAACACUACAACGUGUCAUGUACAGAAGCCUCGGAAGAUAUUAAUGGUAACUGUCAGAUGUUUGAGAUGGAUAAUACAGUUAAUCAAGAUGAGACACUUUUCAAAGCAGAAAUAUGCCUUUGCAAUAAGGACAGAUGUAACAACAAAGUUCCGGAUGAUUUUUCAUCUACUCCGUCAGCACCUACCACUACACCUUACAAUGGUCCUAAAACUAAAUGCUACGACUGUGGAUAUAUGCAGAUUAAUAAUGAUCCACCAGCACAUCUUCCAGAAACAGACCCUGCUGCCUUUUGUGGAGAUUUUGCAAAUCCAUCGGAUUUGGAGAAAGAAUGCCUGGGUGCCAGUGAUUGCUGUUCAGUUAUAAAGGUCUUUCAUGCUCAGUACAACGACCAAACUAAAGUGAAUGAUACGGUGACAGUUGUGCGUCAUGGAUGCUUUAAUGAUCUUGGACAGUCUGAACAUUAUGGACUUUCCUGUGCCGAUGCGUCUGGCAACAUCAAUGAAGACUGCAAGGUGUUUGCUGAUGAUAAGCUGCCGGUAAAUCAUGAGACAGAUGUAUUCAGAGAAGAAGUUUGCAUGUGUAAACAGGAAUUAUGUAACAACCAAGUCCCAACAACAACGACCUCUAAUCCUACAACAACAGCUGGUGCAGUGGCUAUCACCGCUGGACAUAUAAUCUCUCUUUUAGCCUCAGCAGUCCUUUCUUUAACAUUCUUGUAAUAAGGAAAUUGGUGAAAGCAAAACUUGAGGUGAAUCAAGUAAGAAGAUUUUGUGUUUUAAACCUAGAAGCAUAUUUUUUAUUCUGUGUGAGGGGGGGUGGGUGGGGGAGGGGUUCUGUUUUAGGGACAAGCAACGUAACUUCUAGGGACCCUAAGAGUGUUAUGCCUGAUGAUUCACAAUGGGUACCUUUUAACCCCUUAUUCUGAGAAAAAGCUAAGUGAACGAACUGAACACUAUAAUUUGUGUAUCCUUAUAUUAUUGCAUGAUGAUGUCGUAGACCUUUGCUAUUUCAAACUAUCAUCUGUAUAAGAUCUAUUAUUCAUAGUUUGACAUAUUACAGGUUU